AUGUCAAAUUCUUUUAACAGUUUUACUUGUUCUUACCGUUUACAAAAACCAGUGUUCCUAUCGGGGUGGAUAAAAAAGGCCGAUCUACGAUUUAUGACAUUAAAAGAAACCACCAGAAGAUCAAGAAGUUCGUGUCAACUACUGACUGCGGGCGAGGCAAGAGACAUACACUCAAGAAAGCUGAACAUCCAGAAGUGGAAGAAGCUUUGUACAUGUGAUAACAGUGCGAAAUGGAAAACGGAGAGUCCCCUUUAGAUGUUUUAUCCACCGUGGCUUCCAUAGUUCAGGAAAAUCAAACCCCUUUGUCGCCGUCCCCCUCUCCUACCGGUAA